AUGGACGGCUUAUUAACUCAUGUUACGGUUGGAAAAUCGGGCGUUUGGGGAGUCACCAGUGGUAAUGCAAUUUUCUUCAGGCAAGGUGUCGCAUCAGACACAUCGUAUGGAACAGUAUGGCAACAUCUGAUAGGUUCAUUGAAGCAGAUUGACGCUGGUAGCUCGGGAGUUGUUUAUGGAGUGAAUAGGUAUCUAUUUUUAAUAUCUAUUUGGUUACGAACACGUAUACGUGUUUAG